UAAAGCAGCCGCUGUAUAUAAACGUUGGUGUAAAAGCGAGUCAUGUAGAACACUCAGCAGUGAAGAUGGAGAGAAUCGCGUUCCAUGUUCUCAUCACGUUUCUGCUGAUGCCGGAGCCAAGCCUUCUGCAGGAAACAGAAAUGAAGGGAACUUCUCAGGAUGUAUGCUAUGAGAUGAAGCAGCUCAGAGAGCUCCUGUAUCAGCAAGUGGCCGCGUUAUCCGAGCUCAAGGUCAAGAUGGAAUACAUGGAGAAAGAGAACACAGCUCAGGCAGCUGAGCUGAUGGUCGUGAAGAAGGAAUUGGAAAGCGUGAAGAAACAAAACGCUGAGCGGCCGAAGGUGGCGUUCAGCGCCGGUUUAUCUCCAGGACAGAAAGGACCUUUUAAUGUUGAAACCACUCUGAUCUACAGUAAAGUGGUCAGCAACAUCGGAGGAGCUUAUAACCCAUACACAGGCGUGUUCACAGCUCCGGUUAAAGGCGUGUACUACAUCCGAUUCACAGCCGCUGCCUACAGCAGUAACAACUACAACAUGGGUGUUCACUUGUACAAGAACACAGAGCACCUCAUGCACUUGGGCGAGUAUGAUAAAGACGGAACUGCCAGACACGUGUCCAGCGCUCUGGUGCUCAACCUGGAGGUCGGAGACGUCAUGUACCUCCGUCUCCUGACCAACUACGCCCUCUAUGAUGAUGCUAUGCUCCGUAACACCUUCAGCGGCUUCCUCAUCUUCCCAUUUUAACAAAUCUUUGGUGCCAAGAAUUAUUACUGCAUUAUUAUGUUUCUGUUGAGCUUCGUUUCUAAUGUAAACUUUACAGCAUUGCCUCUGACACUGGAGACUCCUUCCAUGAAUGUUACAAAAAAUCUGUUACUUUAUAUUUCAGCAGUCUUCAGAAUCAUACAAAUAUAGUGAACACACCAUAAUUAUUUGCAGGGUGUCUGUCCUGUGUUUGUGAAAAACAUAUCUGGGCAUAAACAUCUCACAUUAAUGUGUGAUUCUCUCACUGUUUAUGCAGAAAUAGAUGUAGGAGCCUUAAAAACAUCGAUCAUUUCUCUCGUUACUCCUGUUCUUAAACAAAUAAAUCAGGUCUCAUGUGAAGUCA